CUAGUCGAAUUGUGCCCCUCAUUGGGGAAGCUUUUAAAAUAUAAUAUAAAUUUAAUAACUAAUAAUAUAUAUAACAUACAAAAAUGACACCAAUGGAAUCCUCGUCGAAGGACAACGACUCAAAAACUGAGGGAAGCACAAAGAAUGAAGCGACAGCCAAGGAAUCGAAGCUUCCGAGAGGCAUCCAGACUGCGUUCGACGCCAAGUACAACAUUGUGGACCUGCAGACGCCGCUGAACGCCUUCAUGUCCGGCCAAUACAAGCGGAGCUUCGCCUACCACAGCCUCAGGAACAGGCUGCCUGUGGUGCUGACCAACGUUAUAGACACAAUGACCCGGGAGAAGGCCGAGUUGGUAGCUUUGUAUUCUACCAACGACUUUGAACAGGCGGCGCGGGACGAACUGAAGACCAUUAUAGGACUGAUUUCGCAGCUGAAGUACGAACUGCAAACGGACAAGGCAUUUCACGACUUCAAGGGAGCAGAACCCGAUCAGAAUGACUGGAACAGCUUCCUCGGCGACCUGCCCAGUGCCGAGCGCACCUUCUACCGCGGCUGUUCCCUCAACGCCGAGUGCUAUUUGUACCGCAAGCUCUACUCCUUCGUGGAGAACAGCAUCUUCCUCAAGGGAUACGACUACUUUGCCAAAAUUAAGGAGCAGGCGCUGAUUGACAACAUGGACGACGUGUUGGCCCUGACCAAGUACACUCGUCGUCCCGAACACAGUCCCAAAAUGUUCGAUGAGCUGCUGAAGAUCAACUUGUGGAGCAAUUGCAACGAUGCAGCCAAUGACCCGGAGGCAGUAGCCCAUAUGCUGAACCUCAAGGUGCUUAAGAACGUGGAGGCCACCAAUGAGUACGUGCUCGUCGACCAGUCGGAAGAGAUUUGGCGCUGCCUGGAUACCGCGAAUUCGAAAAAGCCGCAGCAGGUGGACUUCAUUCUGGACAAUGCGGGCUAUGAGCUGUUCAGCGAUUUCAUCUUGGCGGAAUACAUGCUUGAGCAGGGACUGGCCACCAAAGUACGCUUCCACGUCAAGGCCCAUCCCUGGUUUGUGACUGACGUGACAGAGAGGGACUUCAAGUGGACCCUGCAGUACUUGAGCCAGCACGUGGACUACAUCAUCAGUUUGCUGGGCAAGAAGUUCAUGCAGUUCCUCGACGAGGGCAAGUUUGAAUUGGCGCCCACCUCAAAUUUCUGGACUUCGCCACAUGCUUUUCACAGCAUGACUCAAACGGAUCCAGACCUGUACAGAUCUCUGCAGCAGUCGAAACUGGUUAUCUUUAAGGGAGAGCUCAACUACCGGAAACUGUUGCAAGAUGUUUGCUGGGCUAGCACUAUGGAGCUGAGUACCUGCCUCCGUGGCUUCCUGCCAAGCAAUAUCUGUGUGGUGCGACGGGUCAAAAGCGAGAUUAUUUCGGGACUGGGAGACGGUGCUGCACAGGCACUAACCAGAAAGGAUCCCCACUGGAUGGUCUCUGGUAGUUAUGGACUAAUCCAGUUCGUCGACGGAUCGCGUGAAUUUGGAUAUUAAAAGAAUCUCUUGAAUGCACCAAAAAUAAAUCCCAAUUAAAUUAA